AUGAAUACGAAUGCAAUUCUCCAUUAUUCGAUCGUGCCCAAAUCCAUGCGACAUCGUAUAUGAAAGACCGUGAACCUCACCAAGCCAGACUUUACGGUAAACUUACCUAACCCAAAAAAAAUGUCAACAAGUAUAAGAUGGUCCUUCAACUGGGGGACCUGGAGUCCGUCUCCGCAGCAGUUCCGUCACGCAAUAUCUUUAAUCCAGCCUGAAGAGAAGCUUCGGCUGGGCAGAUUCGUCUUCCGCAAAGACGUCCGGGCCUCUUUGGCCGGACGUUUGCUGAUGAGGAAGUUUGUAAGCGAAAGUCUUAAAGUUCCUUAUCACCUUGUGAAGCUUUUCCGUGACGAGAACAACAGGCCUAGUGUAGAAAAUGACAGGCUGCUGUUCAAUGUCUCUCACCAGGGUUCCUAUACAGUGCUAGCAGGUGAGAAGGUCACUGUUGGCACUGUUGAUGCCAAGAAUCUCAAGUUAGGGAUUGAUAUCAUGAAGCUGGAGUACACUGGAGGGAAGAAAAUCCAAGAGUUCUUCAGGAUAAUGGACAGGAACUUCUCGGUUCGCGAAUGGAAGGAAAUCCGUAGUGAGAAGAGUGAAAAGGAACAGGUUGAUAUGUUCUGUAGGCACUGGGCUUUGAAGGAAAGCUAUGUUAAGGCAAUUGGAACUGGCCUGGUUGAGAAUUUGCAGGAACUUGAUUUUGCUACUAAGUCUAAGUUGGAAGAAAAAGAUGUUGUUUGUGAUACGGUGCUUUAUAAUAAUGGAACAGAAACUUCUUGGAAGUUUGAAGAGACUGUUAUUGAUGGUCAUUGUGUUGCUGUUGCAAUUUCUAAGGAACUUGCGGAACUUAAAGGAACUGAUGGAACAGGUGGAACAUUUGGAACAAGGAACAACCCAAUGUUCCAGGAACUAACAUACGAAAAUUUAAUAUCGGGAGCGCAAGCGCUAGAUAAAGAAGACGAGAAAUAUUGUGACGAUUAUUUUUUAAAAAGUGAAAGACCUUAAGGAGAUCCAAGUUAGCCUUCUAGUGUAAAGAAUGGGCACAUUUAUAAGUCCACCCCUCUAGCACGUCUACCGUAACUAACUAUACUACUAGACAGCCCAGUUGCAAGUAUACCAGUUAGUUCCCUAUCAAUAUUUAAGUCAACCAAUCAGAAAAUCUACCCGUAAAUAACCUAAUCGCGAAACAACUCUAUCAGAUUGAAACUCUACCAUGUGUCAAACUAUACCAUAACAAUCUCUAUCAUUAAUAUUUCUACCAAAAUUAAUGUCAACCAUAUAAAAGCC